GGGGGAGAUAGAGGAGAGAUUGGUUAAGAGAGACAGAUGGAAGGGGGUGAUUGGUCAUUGGUCAUCACAGAACCUUAGCACAGCUGUUCUUUGAUAUAUUAGUGGACACAAUGACCUAAACCUGGCCUGCAGCCACAGAAAAUAGGGACCCUGUUUUUCUUAAAGAGGGAGGGGGUGCCAGGCAUUUGGCCAUUUGUGGACAAGAAUUAGUUGACCAGGGGGAUGGGGAAGCUGUUUCUAAAAUGAUGAGCAUCUAGACACACAUCUAAUCAUUCAUUCAAACCCAGAGAGCUCCAGUGGUAACCCACAAGCGUAUUGUACAAGCUAAAUUGACCAGCUAUGCACCAUGCAUAUGAGUCAUCAUCCAAAUAUGACAAAUUUAGAUUAUAUGGGUGUCACUUCUGAAAACAUUGCACUUUCAUAUUUUUCUUAUUUUGGCUGUUGACACAUUGACACAUUUUGUAAGUGUUUUAAAGGUAAUAUGUUGCUUAUAUUGCUAUCAAAAGAAAAACAAAUAUUUGGAGUAUUGAAAAAUGUACAAAUGUUUUAACAUUUUAAAAAAAUGCAAAUAAGGGAUGAUUUUGAAUUUGAGUAAUACAUUAUGUAAUGCAUUUGGCACAAAUGUUUAUUCCCUUUCUUGCAGUGAGAUGCACAAUUAUUACAGUAGUGUAAAAACAGGACCAGGAAUUGUCAACAUAAAUCUGUAGCUGGCGACGCUUACAGCUUCUUAUAAGGUGAAGCAAAAGUGCCUUCAAAGCUAAGAGAUUGCGGACAGCUAACAUAGAAGACUAUUCAGAGAUAGAGAGGGGGGGGGAAAUCAGAUCCUUCACUGCCACUCUAGCAGAUAGGCUCCUUCCUCUAGGGACCCCAUGGGACCCGCCUGAAAAGAGCCACAACGUCUGGCAGUGCACUGAGGAGCAGGUGUGAAAACUCAUGAGCCCACAGCCUCUUCUGCUAUUACAUUGUUUUACGCCCAUGAAAGGAAGAGCAGAUGAGCAGAAAGAGAGAGAGAGAGAGCGAUCAAGUUAACUGCACUACUGCAACUAAUGCAUAUAGACUUAUGAAAAUAGUCUUAGUAAUGCCCUGUUAUGCAUGGCCAAUAAAUGAAUAGCUAUUGUUUAAUACAGGAUUAUUUAAUGGUUGUGUAAGGGAAAACCUCACACUUGUCUGCGUGUAUCUUUAUUCUCUUUCAAAGCCUUCAUCAGGGACCGCAGCACUCAAAGUAGAUUUUUAGAGGAAUGUACAUCCUCGCUGGUGUCUUCUUCUUUUCUUUUUUUGGCUCUUGAGCUCUUUUUAGGAAAAUUAUUUAAUUGAAAAACAUAUUUAAUAAUAUGUAAUUAAAAUGAAUGGCCUGGGACAUUUAUAGCAUUUCUACUCAUUUAGCAUAUUAGUUGUACUAUUAGCUGUGCCUGUGCCAUAAAUAAUUGAAAAUGGUUUGGUGUCCCUUUCUGCAAGAUUGUUCAGUGUUCUUUUGACUGUAACUGCUUCCUUCACUUAGUGUGUUAACACAGAUACUCCACUUCUAGCAUUCUGAGAUUUAAAGGGAUAGUUAACCGAAAUGUUUUGCCAUCAUUUACUCACCCUCAUGUUAUUCUAAACCUGUAUUCCUUCUUCUGUGGCAAAACAUUAGCCACAGUUACCAUUCACUGUCAUUCAAUGGCAAAAAAAUAUGCAAUGAAAAUGAAUGGUCACUGUGUCCAAACAUAAAAAAAAAAGGUCAUACGGGUUUGGAACUACAUGUAAAAAUUGAUUUUGGAUAACUAUCAGAAAGGCUUUACAUGACUUUAACCUCCUGAGACCAGAGUGUGACUGCUGUGUGCAUUUUCCCUUUCGCUUUUUGAUUUGUAACUAUUAGCACCUAAUAAACAUGCAAAAAAGAGCAAAUAGUGUUCCUAAAAAUGUAUGUCAACAUAUGUGGACAGCAGGACUAAGUUGUGAACUUUUAAAUAAUAUCCAAGCUAUAGAAAGUCUGAUUUUUUUUAAUCAAAUUUUUUAUUAUGUUUCCAGGAGUGUUGGUUAUUCAUGUUUUUGAGACAUUACAGACAAUACAUUAGAAAUUAGCAUAAUUAAUUCUGUUUCAAAGUAAUGACCAGCAUCAUCCAAUCACUGCCAACCAUGUUAAAAUAAAAUUAUACAUUAUUCACUAUUUAGUGAAUUACUUAACCUCUAGUAUGCUGUCUGUCUGCACUGGUCUCAGAACAGUUCGAAAUGCACCUUAUUUCCAUCCUAACUCCAUACAAAGCCUCUGAAAGCAAAACAUUUUUAACUUUUGGAUGAAUCCAUUGAUUCCUAAUGUGAUAAUGCAUGGUAAAUACAGGAUUUCUCAGGAAAAGAUGUGCUAAAGUACACACUAGUGUACAUUGUGUUUAGCAGCGUGGCGUUUCGCGAUCAAUUGCUCAAAUUUUAAAAAUGGCAUAUUGGAUGAAAAAAGAGACUCUAAUGUUUUGACUUAAACAGGUUUCAAUGUAAAAAUGUAAUUAGGUUUCUUACCAGAUGUAGUUUUGUUGGGGUUUCUCCCAAAGACAAUCUCCACUGUGGUUGGCGCCAUGUUGUUUUGUCACAUGACUCGAUAGUUAACUCAGGGGUAAUCACUGGCAUGCCAGCAACGGCGAGAGAGGAGUAGACUAUUUUAUUUAUAUGAAAUUCUGCACCAAUCUACAUUUUGAUGUAAUCCUUCCUCAUGAUCAUUCAGCGUGUUUUCAUGAGCUGAAUGGGAGGCUAAACAAAAAGUAAAAAUGUGACGAGACUGCAGUACCCAACUGACUCGUGCAGCGCGUGCAAGCCAUUCAUGCAUCACGAGCCAACACCGCUUGACUUUCGGUAAAUUGCACGAGUAAACGUGCUCGCUUUGCUUCGGUCAGGCUGCAUGGAUAACAGCCUACAUUCCAUGUUUCGUUUGUUUCUUUUUGCUUUCAGAACAACACGUCAUGUAAUAAAGAAAACACCACUAUUAAUCCUUGAGAUUUCCAACCCAGCAUACAGGUACACUGUCCUUAAACCAUGGUGACGGUCACACUCAAUGUUACAUUAAACGAUUAAAUGAGAAAACAUAAACCCACAUUGUGGGGUUAAAAAAUCUGAGUCUAUUCAAAAUAUAAAUUAACCCUGGAAAUAAAGUUUUAGGAUUUUGCAUGUGCGAUUCACGAAAAAGGGCUAAAUAGUUGAUUGGCUUGUGAUGUGCAAAUGGCUUGCAUGUGCAGCGUGAGUCUCAUCACACUUUAAUAGUGUUUAGCCUCCCAUUCAGCUGAUGAAAACAACGUGAUCAUGAGGAAGUUUUACAUCAAGAUGUAGAUCGGAAUGCAGGUGCGAAAAACUUAAUAUAAAUAAAAUAGCCUGCUCCUCUCUCGCUGUUGCUUGUGUGCUAGUGAUUACCCCUCUACGUGAUUUUUUAAAAAUGUAUGACAUAAGAAAUAUUUAAGAUUCCACACAAUUUUGUGAUCAGUAAUCAAAUAAGCAAAUUUGUGACAUAAACUGUGUUUACUCAUUUUGUACAAAAGGACAGGUUUUCUUUCAUUAAAGCACUUUCACAAGAUGCUCUGUGAAAAUUCACAUGCAGGAUCAUGAUUGUAUCAUAGUCAUAGGGUUUUGCCAGAAAAUUUCACUCAAACUGUUAUGCUGAUAAUAUAAUUUGUAAUGGAUGUCAGCACAGCCAUUGACCAGGAAAAUAAAAAAUGGCACCCCAUGUCAAAAAGGGUUGCCAACCCCUGGUUUAACUCUUUACUGACAGCACAGAGUCUCCUGAACUGAGAUCAGUUGGUUUAAAUGUAAAUUAUGCUUUGCAUAUACUGAAGCCAAAAUUCAACGCAUGUCACACAAGGUUACAAAUGCAGGCUAACACCUUGCAUAGACUUUGCAGUCUUUCCUCCUAAAGCAUUGAUUCAGUGAUGUUUGAACGGAAUACAAAUCAGCAGAUAACUUGAACACAGGCCAUCUUAUCUGCACCAAUGUGAUUAAUUAAUGUAAAUACAAUCCUCCUGCCCACACUCUUUUCAACCAGACCUUGCCUUUCUCUCCGUCUGUCUCAUCUUUCCCCCUCUUUCUCCCUUUUGCGUCUUUUUGCUCUCUUGAAAGAAGACUUCUUUUGUGACAUCCGUGUUCUUCAAAGGGAGUUCCACACAUACCAGAACUGUGGGCUGAAGUUUCAGUAUAAAAUUCCAAACAGAAUUCCCACUAUGCAUCCAUACAACUUCUUUUCAGUUGUUUUGACAUGUAACUGAUAGAAAGUGGCAGUAAUUAAUCAAAAUCUUUAGACUGAGGAAUUUAGUGUGGGUAGUGUUGUUAUUUUUGAAGUGUCAGUUAACCCAAAAAUGAAAUUUCUGUUGUCAUUUACUCACUUACCCUCAUGUCCUUCCAAAACUGCAUUUCUUUAUUUUGUGUAAUACAAAUAAAGAAAUUUUGUAAAAUGUUGAUGCUGCUUUUUUUUUUUUCUUCUCCAUACAAUGAAAGUCAAUGGUAACUGAGGCAGCCAGUCCCUAUACAUCUCCUUUGUGUUACACGGAGGAAAGAAAGUCAUAUGGUUUGGAAUAACAUGAAGACCAACAGGAUUGUCAGGCCAGUAGGACGUCUGCUGGAUGGGCGGCCCAACAAUGGACACACAGACAGUAAGGCGACCAGUAGAAACAUCUGUCUCCCUGCCAGCCUCGGACCAUCGCAGAGUUACCAGCGCAAGCUACUCAUCCUGGCUCACACAAAGCAAUGGCCAGAAUGUGAACAAUUAAGUUUUGUUUAAAGGGCCCUUCUUUUCUUAAUCCACACAGCAAUCUGUGUUUACACCAGUCACUCAUGUUAAUGGUGCAUGAUUAGAUUUGGUCAUAUGGAUGUGGCUAUAUUUUUGGGUACAUUGGGGUCCAAUAUUCUGAGACCAAUAGUGAAAAUGUUUCUAUUUUGCAUUUUUCCCUCAUUUAAUGCAACUUUCUGUUCAUUACAAUUAUUUAUCAGCGAAAAAUUUCAGAACUUCUUGGUAUUCAUUAUGUCCCUCUUUUGCUUUAAUAAAAGCAUGCACUCAAGAUCGUAUGGACUUUUUUUGUUUGCGUGAAGCUGAUGAUCCAUGUUAUUCCAAAGAGCAAUUUGUGUGGUUUAAUGUAAGCUAAGAUUGACAGAAUCACAUGAUCAUCUCGGCCUCUCUAUUUUAUGAUUUUGUAAAUAAUUCCUCGCCUUAAUACUCUAGUUUAUUCUCUGAAAUAAAUAGCAUUCAUUGGCCAUUCCCAUUUCUACCAGUCUAAUCAGACUAUCUAUUCCCAAAUGCCCAGAAUGAGAUAAUCUCUGCUGAACUGUCAUGAUUUAAAUAGAAACAGAUUAAAUCACAUCUAGAUUAUAAGAGAUCCCUGCUGAGGCAAGGAUCUAAUUGCAGACCAACUAAUUUGCAGUUGAUUUCACUCUAAUGGAUAGCACUUUUAGUUUGGUAACACAACACAAAGUAGCAACACUAUGAAAGAUCAACUGUUCCAGACAUUCAUCCUUGACUUCAAGUAAGCAGGGAUAACCUGACCGAAAUGGCACUUCCAUGUCCUGUUAGAAGGAGCUUCUCCAUAUGUGUUGCACACACACACACACACUCAUGUAUAUUGAUGGAGUGGACAGCAGAUUGACCGCAUGAAUGAGUUCCCUCUUGUCGAGCCCCAUCCUCUCACAUACAUUCAUGCACACGCACACACAUGACAGCCAGAGCGCCUUCUGUCCACUCCCCCUCCUCCCUGCCUUCCCGCUGCAGGUUUUAUGAGCUCCCCUGCACUGCCAUCCAUCUAUGUCACACACUCGCCUUAUUAUUGAGCUCCACAAAGCACUUCACAAACCAGCCUGCAGAUGGGAAUGUCCUGCUGAACGUAUACGGUUUCUACUGGCUGGACAAUGGCCCAUAAGUUUACCUGUGUUCAUCUUGUUUAUCUAUUGACCUUCGUCAGGGUAGAUGACAUAUAUUAGUUGUUCGCGACUGAAAAUGAGGCUGUGAGGGAUAGACGCGCUGUCCGUUUGUAGGUUGUAAUAAGUGUUCUAGAUCAUAUUUAACUACAGAAUCAUAACUUUAUAUUCUCAAUAACUUCCACUUUUUUUUGUCAACUGGAUUAUGUUUGGCAUGACAUUUUUAAUGUUUUCUUCAGCUAAAUGAAUGACACAAAUGUACAGUACAACCCAUUGAACAGACUUCACAGCCUCGAUUUCAAUCAUGAAAAAUUCUAUAUGGCACCUACCCUGACUAAAUCCAUUCUGAAUCAUUUUGAUGCUUUUUCUUGUUAGUAUAUUAGAAAUCAGAUUGAGUGUCCUCGUAGAGGCCCGGGUUUGGACAUGGAGAACUUGAGACUCUAGAUUUGAAUAUGAAGGACGUGGGAAUCCAAUGGCCAUCUGGUCUGUUGGUGUGAUCUUUUGGAAUAAAUAGCAAACAAAAUCUGAAGACACACAUGGGAAGGUUUGGAAUGGGAGGGGGAGAAAGAGUGCACAAAGGGGGAGUGACCAUUUUUUUGGAGAAAAAAGGAACAUGUGGAGUGAGGAACAUGGCAUACUGGGCCGAGGUUUGAUUUAAAUUGCAAUAAAGCAGCAGCUCGCACAUAGUGACAGAAGUGUGAUCAACGAAUCAUCACUUUCUAACAAGAUUGCAGUUGAUACUGGAGAUUUGAAGUUUUUGCCUUUACCUCCCAAUUUUCCCUCUGUAUCUCUCACCCCAGGCAGAUUCCUGACAGUUCAAUAAUGCCAAGCUAUGUGAGGAAUUUCAAGCUAAUGCUUCUGGAAGGAGCAGUUGGAAAAACCUCAUAAUAUGGCUGGUUUUAAAGCCAUUCUCUGUGCCAUGAAACUCUCAAAUUCAAACAGGCACUUCUCACCAAAAGAUUUUUGUAGUAUUAACAGGCAGAAAUAUUGCAUGCCCCAAUUUAAGGGAUAGUUCACUCAAGAAAUAAACAUUUUGUCAGUCACUGUUCACUUUGAUUGCAUCUUUUUUCCAUGCAAUGAAAGUUUAUGGUGACUGAGGCAAAAUUUCAGCCUUAUAUCACCUUUUGUGUUAAUGAAAAAAAGACAUAUGGGUUUGGAACAUGAUGACAAAAAUGUAAUUUUUUGGGGUGAACUAGCCCUUUAAAUCAUUUUUGAUGCUUUUAUGGUUUAUUUUAAUACAUUGUGAUUAAGUUUUUGAGAAUUUACAUUCUUAUGCAAUCCUUUUGAACUGUGAUUCAAGACAUGAUGAUUGGCUCUCUUGAGUCUAUUUUAUUUCUAGAAACUCAAAAUGCACCAGAAGAAGAAAAUUUGUUUUUCCAAGCGGGAAGGGACAUGGAGAUUUUUGUUUUUUAUUUUAACUGUGAUUUGUUUUUCCCUCCCUUGCGUGCAUUAAGAUCUUUUUCAUCCCCUCAGCAUUAGGCCAGCAUAAUUAAUCACAGGAAAGCAGGGCUGGAGAUGGGGAGAGGAAAGGGCAUUCCACACUCCCAGUACUUCAUGGGAAGGGUCCAAUGAAUAGGACUAUACAACUAUUCUGUAAACCCAUCCUGACCUCCCUUUCCCCCACAUUGUCCCCUCCCUGUUCCCCUCUGUUCCCUCUUCUCUCUCUGCCUCCCUCCUUCCCUGCCACGAGAGCCUUAGGAGAAUUGCUUUGUGGAUGGACUGUGGUGGUGGGAGGGGAUGUAUUGAGGGAAACAUGCGAAGGGUGAUAACAGUUUCUUCUCUGGGAGAGAUACAGAUGGCAACACAAGGCUUCUGCAUGUCUGAGGGCUUCUUUUAUGCCUAUAACAGCCAAUUUUUUCCAUUUUCAAAGUACAGUGCUUCAUUGGCAUGAUUGUUUUACGUACAAUAUUGCCAAAGCAUCAGUACACACAAUACAGGCAGUAACAAGAAAAAUUAUAAAUAUAAAAUAUAACAGUAACAAUAAAAAUUAAAUACUGUAAAAUAACUAAUAAAGCUAUAACAAAUAAAAAAUAUAAUAUAAAAUAAAAUAUAAAUAAACAUUCAACAAGACAUUAAUGUACAUAAAGAAUACUGUGAUACAAUACUGCCUUCAAUAAACUGCAUUAUGUAAAUUUAGUGGGUGGGGUAUUAGUGGCUAGGGUAUACUUUGUGCAGAAUAUAUUGUGUGCCAUUCGUUCUCAUGCACAGUCGAGCGCUCAGCCUUUCAAAGUAUAUUAUUUUAACCACAACCCCAUAUGGAAGCUUUCAAAUAGAAAUAUUGGUCUUCACGGAUACAGUAUGUGCAGACUAUUCGCAAGGCAAAAUUAAGUGGCACACAAACCACGGAAGUAUAUGGUACUUUGGCUUUUAUUGUAGUGUUAUGAUGAGGGAGAAAACAAAUUUAAAAAGGAGAAACAAUCGCUGCAUCUAUCCAUCUAUCAAUUUUGAAAUUAUGCUUUUUUUUUACAGUAUGUAAAGUUCUUCCAUAAUCUGAUAAAUUGUUCUGCUGCAUCUGGCAGGCCUGUUGAAGAUGCACUGGAACCCGGAGCAUGCCCAGCCCCUGAGCCAGUGGCCUGAGCAGCAUUUGGACGUGUCCUCCACCACUUCAUCCCCUGCCCAUAAGUCUGAGCUCUACCCUAGCCGCAGCCGUGGCUCCUACAGCUAUGCAUGGGCCAAUGAUGACAUCUCAGCGCUUACAGCCUCCAACCUGCUAAAGCGUUACGCUGAGAAAUAUUCAGGCAUGCUUGACUCACCAUAUGAGCGCCCUGCCGUGGGCGUGUACCCUGAGCCUGGGGCCUUUGGGGCCCUCAACGGAAGCCAGAAAAGUGAACUGGAACCUUGGCCUCUCACGCACAGCACCGACGGGGCAUACCCCUUGGUGCCUCCUUCCUCUCAUGAUAGUCUGACGGGGCCAAAGGUGGUACCCACAUCAGCAGGUCCACCAGGCUCGGGCAGUGUGUCAGUAGUUAACAGCAACCUUUCGGACUCAGGCUACAGUGGGAGCAGCUCCUGCAGUGGCUCCCAUUCCAGUGACUACCCCCCCAGUUACAAUGGCACCUACAUCACAUCAGGGUACUGUCCCCAACCCAGCUCAGCACUUCCACCAGCCUCGCUGCAUGCCCUUCAGCCUAACCCCACACUUCUCCCCAGUUAUACACCUUCGGCCCCUGUGUACAACUACCCCCCUAGCACCUACCCACACCAAACUAGCCUUGCUCCUAGCUACUCCCACCCACCAGCCCCUUACAUCUCCUCUGGCAUAGCCGCCCCCUCUCCAAUUCCCUCAAGACCCACGGUGGUUGGAGGCAGCUAUGGCUAUCAUAACAGCAGUCUAGGGGGCUCAGAGCCUGGGGGCUCUCUGAAGAGGAAAGCAUUUGAGAUGACCCUGGAGGAGGAAGAUGGAGACAGCUCACGCUAUAGGAAAUAUAGCUACGGCCCCAUUAAAACUGAGGGAGAUUCUCCUUAUGGUGUCACUGAUAAAGCAGAGUGCCAUGGAAAUAGCUUUGGAACAGCUAGCACGGAUCCUCAAGCUUUUAAGCCGAGCAAACCUUCAUCUCAGUCCAGUCUGGAAGGAGAUGAAGUGGUAAAGUACAGUGGACUAAAGCCCUUGGUUUCACCACCAUAUGGAGCAGCAGGGGACUACAGUCCUCCAGCAGCCAUGACUGGGGAGAACAGAGGUGCAGAACAGGCCUUCUCACAGCAUCGUUCUCAGAAGCGCUCAGAUUCCCUGAAAAGUAUGGAGCCCCGUAUGCUGGAGCUAGUAAGCAGGGAGCUGCAGGAUUGCAGCCCAGCUCUACUUUGGACUGAACUGGCUGGUAAUUGUCACAUCAAAGCAGCGCUGGAGGAGGACCUGCUGUGGCCUGUCUUACGGCCUAACCCUGCCAUCCGCCCACCCAGAACCGUCCUGUUGUUUGGCCCACAAGGAGGGGGCAAAACCACACUGGUGCGGUCCAUUGCAUCUCAACUGUGUGCCACCUUCUACAGGCUAAGUGGUGCUACAUUGGCUUCUAAAUUGAAGGGAGAGGCAGAGCAACUCUUGGUCACACUGUUCUCAGUGGCCCGACAGCCUGCAGUGGUGUUGCUGAGCGAGUUGGAGUCCAUUGAGGAGGAGGGGCUUAGACAGCAACUGCAGGCCCAGUUAGAGAAGACCCAGCAUGGUCAGACCAGCCUGGUUCUGGUGGUAUGCACCACAAGACGGCCUGACUUGAUCAAAGAUUCCCUUCUGCGCUGUUUUUCCAAGCGCUACCACGUAGGCCUGCCAGAUGGGAGCACACGCAGACAGGUGCUUCUGCAGGCGCUGGCGCCCCAAGGCUGCAGUCUGAGCGAAAGGGAGAUUGCAGCUGUACUGCAACGUUCAGAAGGCUUCUCUAUCUGGGAGCUGCUGCAGCUCUGCCAGCAGGCCCUGGAAUCAGCUUCUGCCUCUGCACCCGUGCCCCUUCACGGCCUCCCUGCUCCCCUGUCUUCCCCUGCCUUCCAAGACUUUGAAAAUGCUUUCUGUAAGGUAUGCCCACACAGCACCCCCAAAGAACUGGACACUUGUAUGGAGUGGAGCAAAGUUUAAUGCCACUGAGAAACUGGUCAGCCACUGGUUGGGGACUGCUUAAUGUUUUCAUUUAUUUUAUUUUUUUUAAUUUUUUUUUACUACUUAUUGCAGCCAAAAGAGUUGGAUUUGUUGAGAAAUUACAGUUUAUGGUGGGGAGGCCUUUUUGAUUGAAUGCAUUUAAUCUAUGAAAUAUGCCAUGGUGUGUUGUUUUUCUAUAUACUUUAUUUUUUCCCAAAGAAAUUAAAUAUUAGGCCUUUCUUAAAGGGCAUUUAUUAGUUGCUUGGCUUAUCUGACAAAAGGUCUGUAUUAUAUUUUGGAAUUUCACUAGAAUUACAAUUAGCCUUGAUCCUGGACUAAACCUGGAGGUUAUAGAUAACUUGAUUUUUUCCCUCUAAAAUAUCCCCAUGAAUUGCUACUCUCAGGAUCCUAUUUAUUGCCAGUCCACUCAAGUGGUGUUGUAUCUUUUGCAAUGAUUUACUUAAAAUAUUGUUUGGUGUUAAAGGGCUUAUCAAAACUUAAGAAAACUAAAUGCUCACCAAUAUUAUAUUGCCCAAGUCACAGCAUUCACCAAAAGGUAUCUACUGUUAUGCAAACUCUUAGGAAAGAAAGCAGCAGUAUUUUACAAAGUUAAUUGUUAGGCCGCGGUCGAAUCUUGUGCACUUUGUCAAAACACAGUCAUUUUACCAAAAGAGUAUGCAGUGCUACUCAAAUAGUAUUAAAAUGCAAAUCCAUAGUAAGUCAGAUGAGAAAGAGACAGGCUAAUACUGUUGGCACACUUUUUUCAGAACAUAGUAUAAAACAGCUCUCUAAGGUAAUAUGCAACAUAUUUUGCACCAUAUUUUUACAUACACAACAAUAUGUGAACACCCCCUCACAUUCCUCACAAUCUCUGAUUUUCUGGCGCCUUUACUCAGGACCCUCAAACACAAAAACAAGCACUGGUCCACAAAUGUUUUCUCUUUUCUGCUUUACUCUGUUUUAUUUUAUCUUAGUAAAUGUAGUCUUGUUUGAAAUACUCAGGAAUAAUUUCUUUACCUCAGAAAUGAUAAAUAAAGAAUGUAUGUAAUCUUAGUAGUAAGUAUUGGAGGUGAGCAACAGACCUGACACAGACCUGUAUACACACUGCAUCUGUGCUAUUACCUCGUAGGUGAAACUUGAAAAUGCUACAAAGACAAACAAUGAAUGUAAUUUAGGUUUUUCAAAGAAUAUCUUAUGCCAUAAAUCCAUGUUUUUAACUCUCUAUGAAAACAUUUUACCUUAUCGUUACCCUUUAUUUUUUAUGUAGAUUUUGAUGGAGUGAUGAUUGUCUUCAUGAAGUGUUAUUGUAGAUGGCAGACCACAUUUUAUUUUGUUGGACAAACUGUUUGUAGAAACAUAGUGUCCAAACCCACCUAGAGGUAAAAAGCAUAUUUCGAUAUGCACAGGCUUUUGGAAUUCACCACAUGGACAUGUGCAGCAUUGUACGUCAUGAAAGUAUAUUACCAUGUCCUUUAGAAAAUAACCCACGUAAGUACAGUAUUCUAAGAUCAAAAGAUAAAUAACCCAAAGAUUGAGAAUCAGAAUGUUUUUAUGUAAUUGGCAGCUAAUCAUGUCUAAUCAUAAACUGUACCAGAAGUGUUACACCAUCAAGUGCAAAUUGUUGACACUCAUCAUAUAGAGACAAUCCAGAUGGAGCAACCUUUACCAGUGUAUUUCACUAUGGAGUGAUCAACGCCUUAAGGCUUUUGCAGUACUAAAAUUUUUAACAUCUUCACCAUUUAAGACAUUUGUUUACAGUUUAUACAAUUUAUUUUCUACAGAUUGGCUUAUUUUGGUCCCUAAUUUUGAUGAUACUUUGAUGUAACCCUGGUCAUCCCUUUCCCUCCAGCCCACCCCUUGCUCUCAGCGCAACGAUUUGUCCUCUUGGUUGCUGGCCCUGUACAGCCAUCUGGUGAGCUUCCUUCCCCCGCUUCUCUAUCUGACCAUAGCCUUGUGGAGAAGCCAUAUUCUGAUUGAUGUCCAGUAACCCUAUAGCACUGUUUGGCUCUUCAAGUACAGCUGGUGGCUUCACUCAUGCCACUCAGGUCAAUCAGAAUGACCCAAGGCGCACAUAUUGAUCUUUGCGAAAGAGGCAGAUAACUACAGAAAUUAGCAGACUCAGGGACAUCCAGGCCACACAAAAACAUGUAGCAUAGAUAUCAAAAUGCAGCAGCAAUUCCUGCUCACCCAAACCGAGACAAGAUGACAUAUCACUGGUUUUAUUAAAACUUCAAGGAAAAUGCUGAUUCUCCCUAUUUUCAAACGCAAAGAAACUAAGUAGUUUAACAGUUUGUCCAACAAAAUUGCCAUUAAUUAGCUGCUUUGAAUCUCUUAGUACAAUAAUUUUGUUCAUGGAUCUUGUUCUUGUACAUUUUCUGUAACCAUUUCUACCUCAUUUUUGCAGCAUAUUGUACAUGAAAAUAUUUAUUUCAUGUCUUUUUUGAUGUCUGUUUUAAAAAUGAUAAUGUUCUUGAACUGUAAUGGUCUACCUCAGAAAAGGUUGUAUUUUAAGAAAAAAGUAUUACACAAUAUUAAA